CACACCCAAAAGGAUGGAGGACCAUGCAGAAGGAAGCGGUGUAGAGGAGUCUACAAAAGACUAUGUGAACAUCGAGUCCCAGGCACACUCAGCCGAAAACAGUGGUGCCACAUGUGAUGCAGAAAACCAUGACGUAAAAAGUGAAGGUGUGGUUUCGCUGACCUCGGAGGUUGUGUCCUGCAGCACUCACAGCGUGGAUAAGGAACGGGGGAGCCAGAUCCUAGGAGCAUCUGAGAACCUUCCCUCUGCCCCACUUAAUUCCACAGUUCACCAGAAGGAGGCUGAGGUACAAGUGACAGCAGCAACCAGUCCACACUCUGGCUUAUUGCUAGACUUGAAGACAUCUCUAGAAGAUGUGCAGGAUAACGACCUUGUUAAAUCUGAUGGACCUUUUGAAACAGAGAGCUUUGAGAGCACUAGCUUGGAUGCAGAGCUUCAAAAAACUGAUAUCAGUAAUCAGCCCCCAGGCACACUCCUACCCGAACUAAGCAAGCUUGGCUUUCCUGCCUCUCUCCAGAGAGAUCUAACCCGGCACAUUAGUUUGAAAACCAAAACAGGAACACAUCUCCCAGAGCCAAACCUCAAUAGUGCUCGACGAAUUCGCAAUGUUAGUGGCCAUAGAAAGAAUGAAACAGAAAAGGAAUCUGGGCUUAAGCCAACCCUACGACAGAUUCUAAAUGCAUCAAGGAGAAAUGUCAACUGGGAACAGGUCAUUCAACAAGUAACCAAGAAAAAGCAAGAGCUGGGCAAAGGCUUACCCAGGUUUGGCAUAGAAAUGGUACCUUUGGUUCAAAAUGAACAGGAAGUCUUGGAUUUAGAUGAAGAGCCUGAUCUGUCCAGUCUAGAAGGAUUCCAGUGGGAAAGUGUUUCCAUUCCCUCAUCCUCUGGCUUGGCAAGAAAGCGAAGUCUUUCUGAAAGCAGUGUGGUCAUGGACAGGGCUCCUGUGUAUAGCUUCUUUACUGGGGAAGGUACUGGCAAAGAAAAUGAAGCCCAGCAGAGUCCUUCACCUCAUACUGCAUUGAGUGCUGCCCAGAGUCAGAAGACAGCUAUGUAUCUUGAACAGGAAGUGGCACCUCUGACUCCCCCUUUCAGAACAGGUGAAAGAGUUGGAAACAUUCCUACCCAGCGGCGACAUAGUGCACAGUUACCAUCUGAUCACAUAAUGCCUUUCAUGCAUUCAGCCAGAGACCUGCACAGCCAGGAGAGGUCUACCCCACUAUCAGAGCGCCACACUCAGGAGAGCACUGGAGAAGGAAACUCACUCUCAUCAAAUGCAUCGUCAGGCCAUACAGUCUCCAGCUUAGCAGAUGCAGCCACUGACAGUAGCUGUACCUCUGGUGCUGAGCAGAACGAUGGUCACAGUAUUAGGAAGAAGCGAAGAGCCACCGGGGAUGGAUCUUCCCCUGAACUACCAAGUCUUGAGAGAAAAAAUAAAAGAAGGAAAAUUAAAGGAAAAAAAGAACGUUCUCAGGUUGACCAGCUAUUGAGUAUUUCCUUAAGAGAGGAAGAACUGAGCAAGUCUCUGCAGUGCAUGGACAACAAGCUCCUGCAGGCACGGGCAGCACUGCAGACAGCUUACGUCGAAGUUCAGAGGCUGCUCAUGCUCAAGCAGCAGAUAACUGUGGAGAUGAGUGCAUUGAGGACUCACAGAAUACAGAUUCUACAAGGAUUGCAAGAAACAUAUGAACCUUCUGAGCACCCAGACCAGGCUCCCUGUGGCCUCAUAGCACGAGAACAAAGGAACAGCCGAUUUCAGACAUCUGUUGAGACAGCUCUGCUGCCUGCACCCUUUUUCCCUGGGUUUCUGGAUCCACCUCCUUCCCAUGCAUCUCUACCAUCCUCUGGAACCCCUCUCCAAAUAACCACUUGUACUUUCCAAGCCCAUGGUACUGCCCCCGAUUCAUCGGUUCAGAUUAAACAAGAGCCCAUGUCUCCUGAACAAGAGGGGAAUAUGAACACUGUGCCGCAAGGCUGUGCUUCCAAUGUGUCCAAGGAAUUACUGCAAACUAAUAGAGUGGUCGGUGACGGCUCUCUAGUUUACCCAGCCAUCCCUGCAGUGAUAACAUCAGAGUUAAUAGAAAAUUGCCAGGAGGUUAACCAAGAUCUGAAUUUUUCUGUGGAGCAAGGAAAUUCCAGAAGCAAAGAAAAUUCUCCCUCUUGCCAGUCUCCUGAUCCUCCUGGCAUAAACAGAGGUGAAGAGUCAGCCAAAGGCAGCAGUGGAUCUGAGGCCUGCAGCAGUUCUUUUCUGAGAUUGUCUUUCACUCCCGAAACUCCUGCAGAGAAGGGGACUCCAUCUCCAGCUGAGCAGCAGGCAGAGUCCACACUGGCAUCAGCUGAAGCUAGAGGUAGUAAGAAGAAGAAGAAACUUCGGAAGAAGAAGACGCUUCGGGCCACCCAUGUUCCCGAGAACAGUGACACUGAACAGGAUGUGUUCACUGCUAAGCCUGCAAGAAAGGUCAAAACUGGAAAGGCAGCCAAAGGGGGGAAAGUGACAACCUCCACCUGGGGAGACAGCCAAACUGGUCGGGAGCAAGAAACCACCAGAGAUGAGCCAGACAGCGAGUCCUCCCUCGAAGUCCUGGAAGUCACAAAUCCUCACUUAGAGGUAGUUGCCAUUGAUACUUCUGAAUCAGGAGAAGAGAAACCAGACAGCCCAUCGAAAAAAGAUGCCUGGAUCGCUGCCGAACUGAACCCAAUAGAAAUUUCUCGUUCUGGUUGUGAUGAGGUUAGCUCUACCAGUGAGCUUGGCACCCGCUACAAGGAUGGCGUUCCUGUAAGUGUGGCGGAAACCCAGACGGUGAUCUCCUCCAUCAAAGCAUCUAAGAACUCUUCAGAAAUAUCUUCAGAGCCAGGAGAUGAUGAUGAGCCUACAGAAGGAAGCUUCGAAAGACACCAGGCUGCAGUGAAUGCAAUUCAGAUAUUUGGAAACUUCCUAUAUACUUGCUCAGCAGACACAACUGUCCGGGUUUAUAAUCUGGUGAGUCGAAAGUGUGUUGGUGUCUUUGAGGGACACAUUUCUAAAGUGAAUUGCCUCCUUGUCACUCACACCUCUGGGAAGAGUUCUGCCCUCUACACGGGUUCCAGCGACCAUACCAUCCGCUGCUAUAAUGUUAAGACUCGAGAAUGCAUGGAACAGUUACAACUGGAAGACCGUGUCCUCUGCCUUCACAAUCGAUGGCGAACCCUCUAUGCUGGGCUAGCAAAUGGCACUGUGGUCACAUUCAACAUAAAGAACAACAAGCAACAGGAGAUCUUUGAAUGCCAUGGCCCUCGGGCAGUCAGCUGCCUUGCCACAGCUCAGGAAGGUGCCCGAAAACUGCUGGUUGUAGGAUCUUACGACUGCACCAUUAGUGUUCGUGAUGCACGGAACGGACUGCUGCUCAGAACCCUGGAGGGCCACAGCAAGACUGUCUUGUGCAUGAAGGUGGUGAACGACCUUGUGUUCAGUGGCUCCAGUGACCAGUCGGUGCAUGCUCACAACAUUCAUACUGGUGAGCUUGUGCGCAUCUAUAAAGGCCACAACCAUGCAGUGACUGUGGUGAAUAUUCUGGGGAAAGUGAUGGUGACUGCUUGCCUGGAUAAGUUUGUUCGAGUCUAUGAAUUACAGUCCCAUGAUCGACUGCAAGUUUAUGGAGGACACAAAGACAUGAUUAUGUGUAUGACCAUCCAUAAAAGUGUGAUUUACACUGGCUGUUAUGAUGGCAGCAUCCAGGCUGUGAGGCUGAAUCUGAUGCAGAAUUACCGCUGUUGGGUAAGGGUGGGGCUGUUGUCACCAGCCCUGAGGGUCGCUCUGUCUGGGCUGGACUGUAGAUCUUCUUGAUCAGCAAUGUAGCGUUUGCAUUUCUUACACCUUUUCUUUUACUUUAUGGCACACAGGCUUCAUGUUGGAAGAAUACACAGAAUGCUUUCUGGCUUCUUUAUUGAAAAAUCUUCCUUAGAUAUGAGAUACAUAAGUUGUGCCUUCUCACUUUGUCCCCUAGUUGCUUUGUUUUGAGGACUUGGGGGAGUUGUUUUGUCUUCUUCGCUGUCCUAAGGGUUAAACUUCACAGGUGAUUGGCAACUCCUUUACCACUGAAGUCUCUCCUAGGUGGUUUCGGUUUUGUUAAAUCAGUACAGGAAGUAAGUGGGCCUUAUUUUUGUAUCCUUUCCCAUCUGCACAGCCCUCCUCUGGUAUUACAAGUACUUAAGGCUUGACUUACAUCCUUUCUGAAAAACUUGCAAUUUUAAAUGUGUGGUCUUGUCUUACUCUACCAGGCUAAUUGUGUGUGUGUGUGUGUGUGUGUGUGUGUGUGUGUGUGUGUGUGUGUGUGUGUAUUUAAAUAAUAGAAGCUAAUAAUUAGCUUAUAAAACUUUAGCUCUAUCUGUGCAGGCCUUGUUUUUAGUUGGUUCUAGUACCAGGAGUGACCAGUGAGACAUUAAGCUCUAGGUUUCUUUUCCCUCCAUUUAGCUCUGAGUUUCUUUUCCCCCCAAACCCUGACCCCCUUAGCAGAAUUAAUGGACUGUUGAAUAUUUUUUCAAGUUUGAUUCUAGGCUUGUCUGUAGGCGCAUUACGUUUCAGCCUUGAUAUAUAUCAAUCACGGCUUUGCUUGUAAACUUCUCAGGGAAAGUACCUACAAUACAAAGGUAGCUGGAGUAAUCUGACUAGGAAACUCAGAUGUUUAUGACUGCUCAGUAAUGAGCGUCCCCCAGGGAAGAGCUCUGUGAGGCUCUGUAGGCAGUUAGUAAUCACUAGGAGGAGCAGAGCGCACAAGAGGGGGAGGAGCUAUCUGUGAUCCAGAUCCAUUGUAUACGUUUGUUGAGACUUUCGUGGCUCAGUGGUGAAGUGACCCGCCUGGUGUGUGGGAAGCCCUAGGUUCAGUUCCCAGUGUCAGAACAGCAUAGUAAAACCCAUUAUGCAUAUUUAAUACAUGUUAAUUAAAAGCAUAAUGAACAUCCUGGGAUUAGAAAUCUUAACAGUCAUUACAAGACUGCAGGUUUAAAAACAAGAACAGAGUCUUCAUGUUUUAUGAAAGUUAUGUGAAAUUAAGAUACACACUCUUUAUAUAAAGUUGCAUUUUGUUUUAAGCGGGUAGGUAAGAGAUACCAGUUGGGAAGUUUAAAGUCAGACUUUAUUAGGUAUUUGCCUUGAGGCAGGUCUGAUGUAGCCCAGACUGGCUGGCUUCCCGUCACUAUGUAGCCAAAGCUGGUCUUGAACUGGUGAUCCUCCUGCUUCUCCCUCCCAAAUGCUGGGAUUUCAGAUGUGUACCACUAAUCAUAGCUUCGAUCAUUUUGUAGUUUAUUUUCAUGAUUCUUAGAAUUGUUAAAUAUAUUCUUUUCAGGGUUAAAGGAAAGCUGCUGGCUUUUUGUAAAAAAUGGAUUACAAAAUAAAUGCAACAAAUUUUAUUUUAUGA